AUGCAGGAGCAACAGCUCAAACCGGUGGUUCUCAUGGCAUUCAUUCGUGGUCUUCGUGGAAAUUCAAUCGAACUUGCACGUAAGGUUCGGAAUGCCAAUCCCCCCACCCUGGAGAAGGCGUUGCAGAAGGCGCAAUUUAUCAUGUCGGAUCCUUUCAUCGAUGAAUCUGAACGACCAGAGCAAGACGCUAUGCAACAUGAGCUGGCCGCUAUUGGUAAUAUGGAAAGACCGGCAGCAGCUUAUGAACAAAAUGGUGACGACGUGGAGCCUACGGUAUCAUCAUCCUCAUCAAAUGUCAAUUCUUGGCUAUCUCCUGAAUGGAUGGAAAAAGUUGUGAGCGCCAUUGCCAAGACGCAGAGGAAAUGUGGUUAUUGUGGUAAGGAAGGCCAUCUAGAGUCUGAAUGCUUCAAGAAGAGACGAGAUCGUAGAGGACAAGCACUCUCAACUAUUCCUAAGAGAGCAGAAGGUCCGAGACUAUGA